UGCAGUAGUGAGUAGUGCCUGGGACACUCUCCUGACUGGGAGCUCCAUGCCCGCACCGUAACUGGGAGCUCCAUGCCCGCACCGUAACUGGGAGCUCCAUGCCCGCACCGUAACUGGGAGCUCUAUGCCCGCACCGUAACUGGGAGCUCCAUGCCCGCACCGUAACUGGGUGCUCCAUGCCCGCACUGUAACUGGGACAGGAGCCCGCACCGUAACUGGGUGCUCCAUGCCCGCACUGUAACUGGGACAGGAGCCCGCACUGUAACUGGGACAGGAGCCCGCACUGUAACUGGGAGCCCGCACUGUAACUGGGAGCCCGCACUGUAACUGGGAGCCCGCACUGUAACUGAGAGACCCCGGGCACUGCGCUAACCAUGAGCCCCUCUAUGUGGCCCCACAGGGCGCUCCUCGGGAUAUGGCUGCUGCUGGCUGCACCGCUCCGCGCACAGAUCGGGCUCCCUGACGAGUCGAACCUGUCCUACGGACCGCUGGAAGAUGAGAUCCUUGUGGCCAACAGCGGGAUCCGAGUGCCCUUCGGCAGGUCCGUAUUCCUGGAUCCCAUCCACGAUCUGGCGAUCCAAGUGCGCCCGGGGGACAAGUGCCACCUGACCGUGCUGGGUAAUGACCCCCUGUCCCAGAGGCCCGGCCGCCUCUCCCCUAACAGGUUCCCUUGCGAGUUCGGUUCCCAGGAGGUGAAGUACUCGCACUUGGGUGCCCGCAGCCCCUCCAGGGACAGAGUGAAGCUCCAGCUGCGCUAUGACAGCCCCACUAGCACCCUCAUCAUCCCAUUCCUGCUGGAGGUGGAGGUGCUCUUCACCCAACUGGAGGUGGUGACCAGGAACAUGCCGCUGGUAGUGGACAAGCUGCUGGGCACCAGCCCCCCCAUAGACAGGAAGAUCCUGGAGUUCACGUACGAUAAGAGCUCGGAGCUGUGCCGGCUGAGCCCGCUGCCCGGCCUGUCGGGGCUGCCCCGCUAUGGGAGUCUGUUACACGCCCCUGCGCAACAUAUGGACUGUGAGGAGUUCCUACAGCGCGGAGUGCGCUACCAGCACAGCGCCGACACCCAGUCCCCCAACAGAGACUUCAUCCCCAUGCAGGUGGAGCUGCACGACAGUGCCGGCAAUGUGCUGAGGCAGGAGCACUUCCACCUGCUGGUGCGGAUCCGGGAAGGGCUGGAGAACACGCACCCCAAGCCCAGCUUUGUGGCCAUGAUGAUGAUGGAAGUUGACCAGUUUGUCAUGACAGCCAUCACCCCGGAUAUGUUGGCCGCAGAGGAUGCGGAGACGGAGCCGGGGGACCUGAUCUUUAACAUCACCUCCGCCUUUCUCCCCGGGCAGGGGCAGAUAGUCAGUACCGAUGAUCGCAACCUGCCCAUCACCUCCUUCUACCAGCGGGACCUACAGGAGCUGCGCAUCGCCUACAAACCCCCGGCCCAGGACUCGGACAGAGAGCGCAUCUUUGAGAUGGAGCUGGAGGUGGUGGAUUCCGAGGGCGCAGUGUCCGACCCUUUCUCCUUUAUGAUCGUGGUGAAGCCCAUGAACACCCUGGCGCCUGUCAUUACCCGCAACACCGGCCAGCUGCUCUAUGAGGGCCAGUCCCGGCCGCUCUCCAGCUCACACAACCUACAAAUUAGCGACGAGGACAACCUGGACGACGUUCGUGUGACUGUGCUGGAUGGGCUAAGGCAUGGGCAACUUACCCUGGUCAACUCACCUCCAGGGGGCGCCAAGUUCUUCACUGCUUCAGAUUUAGACCAGGGAAGGGUCAUCUACCAGCAUGAUGGCAGCGACACUUACAGUGACAACAUUGUCUUCCGUAUGACUGAUGGGAAACAUGAGGUGGAGUUUCUUUUCCCCAUCACUGUGGUGCCAACUGAUGAUGAGCCCCCUAUUGUCAAUGCCAACACUGGAUUAAUGCUGUCAGAGAAGGAAGUGGCCCCUGUGACCCCCUUUGUUCUAAGUGCAACCGACAUUGACUCAGAGGACUCUUCCAUCCUUUUUACUCUGGAGCCUCCUUAUUCCACCCUUGGUGUAAUGGUGUUAAGACAGAAUGAGGUGCCAGAGGAUAUCUCUCAGUGGCAUAUCAUCCCUGAACUGAACUUGUUUGAGAAAGUGGUGAAAGUGUGGUCUCAGCAGGAUAUACUAGAUGGCAAACUGUACUAUAAACAUGUUGGACCCCACAAUACAGAAUCAGUAAUGGACCAGAUCAUUUUUAGGGUUCAAGAUGACAAUGACCCCCCAAACCAGUCAGGGGAGCACACAUUUUUAGUAAAAAUAAAUCCCAUAGAUGACAUUCCUCCUGAGCUUUUUCCUGGUACCUCUCUUAAAAUGUUGGUCCAAGAGUACCACCUGACCCCCUUUAGGAGGAAGUUUUUACGUUAUACUGACCAGGACUCUGAAGAUAGAGACCUGAAAUAUACAGUCGUUUCCCCUCCAUCUGACACUGAUGAGAACAACCCAGUUCUUAUGGGAUUCAUUGUUCUGAAGGAAAACCCAGACCAGGUGGUUACUGAAUUCACCCAAGCCCAAAUCAACCACCUCAAGAUUGCCUACAAACCCCCUGAUUUGGAGCUGGGAAUCACCCCACAUGUGGUGCAGUUUCACUUCACUGUGGAAGAUGCAUCCGGGAAUGUAGCAGAAGGAGACUUCACCAUUUAUCUAGAGCCAGUAGACAAUAAGCCCCCAAAUAUUAUCAAUACAGGGAUUACUGUACAAGAGAGAGGAACUCAUGUUAUCACCAAAGCGGAGCUGGAUGCAACUGAUGCUGAUACCGGGAAUGAUAAAAUUUCUUUUACCCUUACACAGUCUCCAAAAUAUGGCCAACUCCUAUACACCAGCCACAUCAUGGAGGUUGGGGAAGCGUUCGUUCUGGAUGACAUAUAUAAAGGAAGGAUUGCCUAUACUCACAGUGGGGAAGAGUCUGCUGCCGACACAUGUACUCUGGAUGUAAGUGAUGGGGUUCAUGUCGUUACAAUCAUCCUGAAGGUUACUGUUCGCUUGGUGGAUGAUGAGAUACCUAGACUUAUGCUGCCAUCUGGUACUAUAGGGUCUUAUUUAGAUGUGCUGGAGGGGGGCUCAGCAGAGAUCACAUCGAAUGUCAUCCAGGGGACUGAUGCAGACACUGAUGACCUAAUGCUGACAUUUAUUGUGGAAGAUCCACCUCUAUAUGGUGAAAUUCUGGUGAAUGGCUUUCCUGCUGAAAGAUUUUCCCAAAGGGACAUUAUCGAUGGCUCAGUUGUCUACAGCCACACAUCAGGGGAAAUUGGUUUGCAGAAAAUUGAGGACUCUUUUAAUUUAACCCUCUCGGAUCUGUCAGAGGAGUGGACUAUUGGAGGUAACAAAGUAAAUGGGGUGCGGAUUCAAGUGACUAUUCUGCCAGUGGACAAUCAAAUCCCAAUAGUGACUGUGGGGGACCAGUUUACAGUUAUUGAAGGUGAGAAAGAUGUGAUAACCCCUGCACAUUUAAGUGCAAUAGAUGGGGACACCCCUAAUGAUGAUAUACUAUGUACCAUAGUAGUUCAGCCAUCCUCUGGCUACAUUGAGAACAUUUCUCCAGCACCGGGUUCUGAGAAAUCCAGGGCUGGGACAGCUGUUAGUGCUUUCACCUUAAAAGACAUCAGACUGGGUCAUAUUUACUAUGUGCAGAGCAUUCACAAAGGCGUGGAGCCUGUGGAAGAUAGAUUAACUUUUAGCUGUUCUGAUGGAAUAAACUUCUCCCCAAGACAAUUCUUCCCCAUUGUUAUUAUACCAGCCAAUGAUGAAAAGCCUGACAUAUUCAUGAGGGAAUUUGUAGUCAUGGAAGGAAUGAGCCUUGUUAUUGAUACCCCUAUACUGAAUGCUGCCGAUGGUGACAUUCCAGCAGACGAUCUCAUCUUCUUUAUCACAAAGCCCCCCAAACACGGCCACAUAGUGAACCAGCUUACCAAUGGCAGCAUACCUGUCAUCACUUUCGGUCUGGAGGACAUCAAGGAGAGCUCCAGUAUUAUAUAUGAGCAUGAUGAUACAGAAACCAAAGAAGACAGCUUUGACAUCAAGCUUACUGAUGGAAAGCACACUGUGGUCAAAACUGUGCUCAUUAUGGUCAUUCCGGUGGAUGAUGAGACCCCUAGAAUGACCAUCAAUGAUGGGCUAGAAAUUGACAUUGGGGAAACCAAGCUGAUUAAUAAUAAAAUCCUCAAAGCAACAGAUUUAGACUCUGAAGACAAGACUUUAACUUACAUUUUGCGCUAUGGUCCUGGUCAGGGUCUGCUGCAGAGAAGGACGCCACACGGUGAUCUUGAGAAUAUCACAAUUGGCAUGAACUUUACUCAGGAUGAAGUCGAUAGGGAUCUAAUACAGUAUAAACACUUUGGCCAAGAAGGUAUUAGGGAUCUGUUUAAAUUUGAUGUGACAGAUGGCAUUAACCCUCUCAUUGACAGAUAUUUUUAUGUUACUGUGAGUAGCAUUGAUUUGGUCUUUCCAGAUGUCAUUAGCAAAGGUGUGUCAUUAAAAGAAGGAGGGAGAGUUACUUUAACCACUGACCUGCUAAGUACUAGUGACCUGAACAGCCCAGAUGAGCACUUGGUGUUCACUAUUACUCGUGCUCCCGUGCGUGGGCACCUUGAAUGCACAGACUUGCCAGGGGUGCCCAUUACUUCUUUCACUCAGCUCCAGCUGGCAGGCAAUAAAGUCUAUUAUACUCAUACCUCAGAUGAUGAAGUGAAGAUGGACAGCUUUGAAUUUGAAGUAACUGAUGGCUACAACCCAGUAUUUCGUACCUUUAGGAUCUCUAUCACAGAUGUGGACAAUAAAAAGCCGGUGCUAACAAUUCACAAGUUGUUAGUGAGAGAGAGUGAGAACAAAUUAAUUACACCAUUUGAACUCACAGUGGAGGACAGGGACACCCCUGAUAACUUUCUAAAGUUCAUUAUCACUCAAGUACCAGUUCAUGGGAAGAUCAUGUACAAUAAUAGCAAAGCCGUGACUUCUUUCACCAAGCAGGACCUCAACGAUAACCUUAUCAGCUACAAACAUGAUGGCACCGAGUCUACCGAUGAUAGUUUCUCCUUCACAGUCACGGAUGGUACCCACACAGACUUCUAUGUCUUUCCUGACACUGUCUUUGAGACAAGACAACCCCAAAUGAUGAAGAUCCAGAUCCUGGCUGUGGAUAACGGUGUGCCCCAGAUUGUAGUAAACAAAGGUGCCCCAACUUUGCGGAUCCUGACAACCGGCCAUUUGGGAUUUUUAAUUACCAGCAAAUCGCUGAAAGCCGAGGAUAGGGACAGUGCCCACCUCUCCCUGCGCUUCCGGGUCACACAAGGUCCCAGUCAUGGAUUCAUCAUGAACUUGGGAAAAGGAAACCAAAGCAUCAACCAGUUCACCCAAGCGGACAUCGAUGACAUGCAAAUCUGCUACGUUUUACGAGACAAAGAGAAUGCGACUAGUGACAUUUUCUACUUUACUGUUGAAGACAAUGGAGGGAACAAGUUAAAGAAUCAGAAUUUCCGGCUGAACUGGGCUUGGAUUUCCAUAGAGAAAGAAUACUAUUUGGUGAAUGAAGAUGCCAAACAUUUGGAGGUUAUGUUGAAGCGUCGAGGAUACUUAGGAGAAACAUCAUUUGUCAGUAUUGGUACCAUUGAUGGGACAGCAGAAAAGGAUAAAGAUUUCAGAGGAAAGGCCCAGAAGCAAGUGCAGUUCAACCCUGGCCAAACGACUGCAAGCUGGAGAGUACGGAUUCUAACAGAUGGGGAAUACGAAGAGUCUGAAACAUUCCAGAUUGUUCUGUCAGAGCCAGUAAUGGCUGCUCUUGAAUUUCCAGAAGCUGCCACUGUGGAAAUUAUUGACCCUGGAGAUGAGUCAACUGUGUUUAUCCCAGAACCGAUUUAUAGAAUUGAAGAAGACAUUGGGGAGCUUUUUAUCCCAGUGCGGAGACGUGGAGAUUUGAACCAGGAAAUGAUGGUUUUGUGCUAUACGCAGCAAGGAACAGCAUCUGGAACCGUCCCAACAUCCGUUUUGUCAUACUCUGAUUACAUAUCGAGGCCCGAGGACCACAACAGUGUUUUGAGAUUCGACAAAGGGGAUCGGGAGAAAAUGUGCCGAGUGGUUAUCAUAGAUGAUUCCUUGUACGAGGAGGCUGAGUUUUUCAAUGUCACUCUCAGCAUGCCCAUGGGUGGAAAAAUUGGUUCUGAUUUCCCUUCUGCUCAGAUUAUUAUUCUGCCUGACAAGGAUGAUGAACCUGCCUUUUAUUUUGGCGAUGCGGAAUACCACGUUGAUGAAAGUGCCGGUUACAUUGAGGUUCGGGUGUGGAGAACUGGUACCGAUCUGUCUAAAACUGCAACUGUUACAGUGCGCUCCCAGAAAACCGAGCCUGUGUCAGCAGUUGCUGGCACUGACUAUGUUGGGAUCAGCCGAAAUCUGGAUUUUGCACCCGGAGUGAACAUGCAGACUUUCAGUGUAAUCAUUCUGGAUGACCUUGGAAAGCCGGUGCUGGAGGGAAUAGAGAAGUUUGAGUUGAUUCUCCAGAUGCCAAUGAAUGCCGUCCUGGGAGAGCCCAGCAAAGCUACAGUAUUUAUCAAUGACACUGUCUCUGACUUGCCAAAGGUCCAAUUCAGAGAGCCAAUGUACAUGGGAAAUGAAAAUGAUGGGCAAAUUGAAACCAAAGUGUACAGGAGCGGCGAUGUCAGCUACAAGUCUACGGUGCGCUGCUACACGAGGCAGGGAUCGGCGCAAGUCAUGAUGGAUUUUGAAGAGCGACCAAACACUGAUGAUUCAAUCAUAACCUUCUUACCUGGCGAGACGGAGCGUAGCUGCACUGUUGUGCUGAUGGAUGAUACAAUUCACGAGGAAGAUGAAGAGCUGCGCCUCGUUUUGGGCACCGCAAGAAGCGAGUCACCCUUUGGAGCCUCCAUUGGAGAACUGAACGAAACACUGAUAAAGAUUAAAGAUGACGCCGACAAGGCAAUAAUUAAAUUUGGAGACACCAAAUACAGCGUCAGUGAGCCAAAGGAACCCGGGCAGAUAGUGGUUGUAAAAAUUCCUGUGGUUCGCCUGGGAGACACAUCAAAGGUUUCUAUUGUGCGAGUGCACACAAAGGAUGGUUCUGCAACUUCUGGAGAGGAUUAUAACCCCGUGUCAGAAGAAAUUGAGUUUAAGGAGGGAGAAACACAGCAUGUUGUGGAGAUUGAAGUCCUUUACGACGGAGCAAGGGAAAUGAGGGAAGCUUUCACAGUCCACCUAAAGCCCGAUGAGAACAUGGUGGCAGAAACUCAGAUGACCAAGGCUAUUGUGUAUAUCGAGGAGAUGAACAGCAUGGCUGAUGUUACUUUCCCAUCAGUCCCCCAAGUCUUCUCUCUUAUGAUAUAUGAUGACACUUCAAGAGCUAAAGAAAACCCUAAUCCAGUUGCUGGCUAUCCCGUUGUCUGUGUUACAGCUUGCAACCCCAAAUACUCCGAUUUUGAUAAAACUGGUUCCAUAUGCGCAAGUGAAAAUAUAAACAAUACCCUGACACGAUACCGCUGGCUCGUCAGUGCACCCACCGGGUUGGAUGGAGUAACCAGUCCCAUGAGAGAGGUAGACUUUGAUACAUUCUUUACUUCCUCCAAAAUGAUCACAUUGGACUCCAUAUACUUUCAAGCUGGCUCUCGGGUACAGUGUGCUGCCCGGGCAGUGAACUCAGAUGGAAACGAAGGUUUGGAGCUGAUGAGCCCAAUCAUGACAAUAAGUUCGGAGGAAGGUCUUUGCCAACCUCGAGUACCUGGUGUUGUGGGAGCUGAGCCAUUCUCUGCUAAGCUGAGAUACACUGGGUCUGAGGAUCCCGAUCAUCCAAAUCUCAUUAAAGUGACUGUCACACUCCCUCAUAUUGAUGGUAUGCUACCCAUUGUUUCAACAAGAGAAUUGUCCAACUUUGAGCUUACACUCAGCCCUGAUGGAACGAGGGUUGGAAACCACAAAUGCUCAAACCUCCUGGAUUUUAACGAAGUGAGGACUCGGCAUGGGUUUUUGACGGAUGCAACUAAGAAUCCAGAUGUGAUAGGGGAGACCUCUCCUUACCAAUAUAGCUCACAGCUCAGAGGAGCCAGUGCUCUGCGAUUUUACAAGAAUCUUAACCUAGAGGCUUGCUUGUGGGAAUUCACCAGCUACUAUGACAUGUCCGAGCUUCUUACUGAAUGCGGCGGCACCAUUGGCACAGAUGGACAGGUCCUAAACCUUGUGCAGUCCUACGUAACCCUGAGAGUCCCACUGCAUGUGUCUUAUGUGUUCCACUCUCCUGUGGGAAUUGGUGGCUGGCAGCACUUUGAUCUGCACUCUGAAUUGCGCCUAACGUUUGUGUACGACACUGCCAUCUUGUGGAAGGACGGCAUUGGCAGCCCCCCUGAAGCAGAACUCCAAGGCUCCCUUUACCCGACCAGUAUGCGCAUUAACGAACAGGGGCGUUUGGUGGUCAACUUUAAAACAGAAGCUCGGUUCUAUGGUCUCUUUGUUAUGUCGCACUCUGCAUCUUCUUUGAGCUCCAUGAUCAUGUGUGCUGAUCACCCAGAACUCACUUUCACUCUCAGCCUGGUUCGGAGUGAGCCGUCACUUAGUCAGCCAAUACAGCAGUGGACCUUUGUCUCUGAUUUUGCGGUCCGGGACUACUCAGGGACAUACACGGUGAAGCUCAUCCCUUGUACCACUGCUCCUUAUCAGGAAUACAGUUUGCCUGUUGUGUGUAACCCCCGCGAGCCAAUAUCCUUCGAUAUCGAUAUCAGAUUCCAGCAGGUCAGCGACCCAGUGGCUACGGAAUUCAGUUUGAAUACGCAGAUGUUACUUCUAUCCAAGAAAGCUCUCUGGCUCUCCGAUGGAUCAAUGGGAUUUGGACAGGAAAGUGAUAUCGCAUUUUUGGAAGGGGAUAUGAUUUAUGGGCGUGUGAUGGUGGACCCUGUGCAGAACUUGGGCAAUUCAUUUCAUUGCAGCAUCGAGAAGGUUUUCCUAUGCACAGGAGCCGAUGGAUAUGUUCCAAAGUACAGCCCAGACAACAAUGAGUAUGGCUGCCUCGCAGACUCUACCUCACUUUUGUAUCGCUUUAAAAUUUUGGACAAAGCUCAGCCUGAAACACAAGCUAUUAGGUUUGGCAACGUGAAUUUCAAUGCCAGGCUUGCUGUGGAUGACCCUGAAGCUCUAUCCUUGGUCCGACAGCCUGGUUCAGAUGGCUUUAAAGUUGACUCAACUCCUCUGUUUCAGGUCUCUUUGGGUCGGGAGUGGUACAUACACACCAUCUAUACAGUGAGAUCUAAAGAAAAUGCCAACAGAGGAAUUGGUAAAAGAAGCAUUGAGUACCAAUACCAUUCUCUUGCUUCUGCUGCACAUUCUGGAUCUUCCAUUAUUAACCGUAAGAAAAGAGACGUUAAUGAAGCCCCGGCCAUCACUCAAGAAAUAGGCAUUGAAAACAACAGAGGAACCAACAUACAGCACAUUGCCCUAGAACGCAACAGUAAGAAACAGAUCCCACAGAAAGAAGUGACUCUUGAUGGGAUCAUCCCAAGGGAACUCAACCAUAAAGAGACUGAGGUCAACGUUGUCACCAUCGUUAUCAUCGUUGCUGCUAUAUUACUACUGGCUAUUUGUUUAAUUGCUAUUAUCAUUGCAUUAAUGAAACGCAAGCAGAAUUCAAAAAAGAAAGAGGAUGGAAAAGAGUCUGGAAGCAGUGAGCCCAUGAUGCCAUCUCGGGGAUACAGCACUGACAGCUCAGAGGUUUGAUGAUGAACCCUGUCUGAGAGGAGACCAGCAUAUGGACAUCAAGUAGACCGUUGUACUGGGCCUUGUGGUCACUUUGCUCUGGAAUGCUUCACGAUAUCUAAAGUAUUAGGACCAUGUACUUUUUCAAAUGGAUCAUUCAUGCAAAGGCCUCUAUUUUAUAUAAAUGCCGGCAGCCUUAAAUCAUGCACUGCACACACAAAGGUGCUGAACUGAAACUAUAAAAUAAUCAUUCUUUUAAAUUUUUUUUAACUAUUUAAAAAUUAAAAAUAUGCAAAGGUGCUGAUAGCUCUGUCCUUUGUUCUUAGGGAGAGCUUAUAUUAAUGUUAUCCAUUUACAUUUGGAGGUUCAAUGAUCCCAAAUAUCAUUCAGCAGGUUGUGUAUCUGGGCAUUUGUUUGCUAUCCCUAAUGUCCGCAAGGGUCUUGUCUGGUAUUUAAGUUAAUGAGAGCUCUUACACAGUUGUCUGAUGGGGGGGUGUCAAUAUAUGGUAACAUCCAGCCCCAACACCAACCAUAUGCAAUGUCACUGUACCCCUACAGACAGAACUACACACCCUUUUGUAAAUCCAAUCUCUGCAUUCUAACUGACUUGGGCAUCAGGGAUAACUCAACAACUAUCUCUUCCACAUAAUCAGUGUUAUGUAAUGGAACACUAGGCUACUUUGGAUGCGCAGUCCCAGUAUAGCCUUUGAAUGCUAUGGGUGACUGCAUUGGCCACUUUAGGUCCUAAAGCUUAAAGUGCCUGAAGAAACCCUUUAAAGAACAAGAAAAGGGCUAUACACUGAGGGGUGCCAAUAUGUUAGGCACUCACCAGUGUAUUAAAUGCAAUUUUUCCCCUAGACGGGUGCUGUUGUUUGGGAAAAAUAAUUACACUGAUCUGGGGAUCUUUCUUACUAUAUGUUACUCCGCCAUCUUACCUGUAUUACCCAAUGCUCCCUUGUAGCUUCUUGAGACUCCUAGACUUGCUACUUGAUUGUACUAUACAGCGCCAGUCUAGAGAGCCAACAAGGAGCCUUGGGAAAUACUAAAAAGGCUAAAAAGGAUCCCUGGGUAGGGGCAAUUGUUUCCAAAGAGGAGCACCGAUCUAGGGUAAAAAAUAGCGAUUAAGUAGACUUAUGUGCCGCACACAUUGGCAGCCCCCUUGGUAUUAGCUUUUCCUUGUCUGUUAAUCUUCAGCAUACCAAAGAUAAUGUAAGUGGUUACUAGUGUGGGAGAAAUGAAAGCUGUUUGAUCUCCAGGGUUUCAGUAUAUUUUGUCUUAAAGGGAAACUGGCAAAGCAAAACCACUUUGUGCCUUUAAAUACUGAGUAUGUAGCAGUUAGAGUUUGUUUUUUUAAAGUCUUGUAAAAAGAUUUUUUUUCUUUAUGUUAUGAUAGUUUUGUUGUUUUAUUAUGCAUUAUUAUUGUGUUGUUUCCCAUUUGUUGGUUCAUUAUACAUUUCUGUUUGCGUGCUAGCUGAUCAUGUGACGAGUGCCUGUUAUUCAGCUUCAAAUAUUAAACUAUUGCUUUAUAUCACAUGGAUGGUUGUUAUACCCAUAUCCUGCAGAUCUAUACAGACUGGCAGGAUUGGCCUAAAAACCGCUAUGAAUAAUCACUCUCAAUAAGUCACACAUGUGAGAAAAAGACACAAGAUCUAGUGACUACGAGUACUGGCCAUGCUAUUACUCUUACUCUAUUACUCUAUUGCAUCAUUAAUGGCAGCACUGGAACAUCCAUCUGAAUCUGAUAUUUCCCUUUAUAAUUUUCAUUUUUCUUUACUUGUUUAGUCACAGUGGUAUUCUUCCCCCUAAAAACAAUUGUAGUUAUUGAAAGAAGAGAUCUAGUAACCCAUAGCAACCACUCAGAUGCUUUCAUUUAAACAGAUGCCUCAUAAAAGGAACCUGCUGUUGAUGACUAGAACAGUAAAUAAAUUUGCACCUUUUAUUAUAUUACUACAUUCAGUUCUUAGUGACUGUUAUGGCUUCACUUACUAGGGCAUGUGUGCCUGAUCUUUUGUUACUUUUUCUUUUUGCCUGUAUGCCACUAGUUUUGAGUCGGUAAAGCUAGAACCAUCCCUUUAGCCAAUCAGAUUAUGUGAGUCUUUACCUAGCUAGACUGACCUCUAGCCAAUUAGAGUAUUUGCUAGCUAGACCGACCUCUAGCCAAUUAGAGUAUUUGCUAGCUAGACCGACCUCUAGCCAAUUAGAGUAUUUGCUAGCUAGACCGACCUCUAGCCAAUUAGAGUAUUUGCUAGCUAGACCAACCUCUAGCCAAUUAGAGUAUUUGCAAGCUAGACCGACCUCUAGCCAAUUAGAGUAUUUGCAAGCUAGACCGACCUCUAGCCAAUUAGAGUAUUUGCUAGCUAGACCGACCUCUAGCCAAUUAGAGUAUUUGCUAGCUAGACCAACCUCUAGCCAAUUAGAGUAUUUGCUAGCUAGACCGACCUCUAGCCAAUUAGAGUAUUUGCUAGCUAGACCGACCUCUAGCCAAUUAGAGUAUUUGCUAGCUAGACCAACCUCUAGCCAAUUAGAGUAUUUGCAAGCUAGACCAACCUCUAGCCAAUUAGAGUAUUUGCAAGCUAGACCGACCUCUAGCCAAUUAGAGUAUUUGCUAGCUAGACCGACCUCUAGCCAAUUAGAGUAUUUGCUAGCUAGACCAACCUCUAGCCAAUUAGAGUAUUUGCAAGCUAGACCAACCUCUAGCCAAUUAGAGUAUUUGCAAGCUAGACCGACCUCUAGCCAAUUAGAGUAUUUGCUAGCUAGACCGACCUCUAGCCAAUUAGAGUAUUUGCUAGCUAGACCGACCUCUAGCCAAUUAGAGUAUUUGCUAGCUAGACCGACCUCUAGCCAAUUAGAGUAUUUGCUAGCUAGACUAACCUCUAGCCAAUUAAAGUAUUUAACAAGGUAGACCAACCAUUAUCCAAUUAAAACACUAGAGUAUUCACCUGGCUAGACCAACCUUUAGUCAAUUAGAGUUUUUACCUAGCUAGACCAGCCUCUAGCCAAUAAAAGAAUUCGCAUAGUCAGACCAACCUCUAGCCAAUCAGAGUAUUUAACUAGCUAGACCAACCUCUAGUCAAUCAGAGCAUUAGAAAGUUCGCAAGGCCACACAAUUUUAUCCAAUCUUAUCCAAUAGUAGAACAUUGCUAGCUGCCAAAUUGAAUUAAAACAGCAAUAUAUAUAUUAAACAGAAUCAUACAUCCAAUACAGUGUAUAUAACUAGUUUGUACAUUUCAUGGCAAUGGGGGUGGGUGUGUAAUAGAAGCCAUUGAGCAUAUAUACUGCUGUUUUUAACAUAGACUUGUUUUAUAAAUAAUUUUUAUAAACACUUUGGACACUUACCAGGCUCUGUCUCCCCAUUAAAAUGACAGGUUGGUGUAUGUAAUUCAUGACUGUGCCCUGUGUGGGUUGCUUGUAUUAGUAAAUCUGAUCUGGGCAUUGUAUAUUGUAUACUAGCAUAACCCCACCAAUUCUCAGUGGAAAAUCAUUACACAUAAAGCCAUUCACACAGCUCAUCCUCCAUUAACCCCUCCAAUUUGCUGGUACCUACCCCUUUGUUGGAUCUGCAUCUCAGGGCCAUUUAACUAGGAGUAAUUUGGAAGAUGAAUGCUUUCCAUCCCACCUCACACGUAGGCACAUAGGUAGGGUGCUGAGUAAGUGACCUAAGGGAACUUGGAUAUGGACAGUGUUUGGCUGACUCUGUACAGUAGAACUCUCAGUGCAAACUGCUGAUUGGCUACUAGACCUGGACAAAGUUUGCCCUGUUAUUACAUAGCCAAGCUUUCUAAAAUACUGCAUAAAGUUUUGCCUGCUAUUCAUGCUCAUUCUUUUUAUUCUAUAUAUACUGUAUAUAUGUACAAUGUGUGUGUAAGAAAAAUGUAAGCACCAUUGAAUUUACAGUUAGGCUUCUCUGUGGCCUAAUAACAAAAUAUGUGUCCCAGACAAAGGCAAAUGGAGCACACUGUACCCUGUACAAUAUACAUUGCUGCUGCUGUAUACAGGUAUGUUAGUCGUACAAGACACAGUUCCCUAUAGAAUAUCAUUAUAGCAAAUCAUUGCAAUAAACUGUUAAGGUUGUUUAUAGAAAUGUACCAAAAAUAUUAGGGGAGCAAUUCAUUUGUUGGGUAAUCAUUGAGCCUCCUACUGGUUGUAUUUAUAUUUAAAAGCAUUUUAUUUGUAAUAACACACACAGUAUAAAUCUAUAUACAAUAUAUAUAUGUAUGGCACUUGUAUGAUGAGAAUGCUGUUUCCCAGCAUGCCGUGACUGGGCUGCGGUACAUGGGUGCUGCUAGUCUGUGCAGGUUUCACAUGAAUGUUCGUGCCAGUGGACCUUCCGCUUUGAAGUUCUGCAGACCUCCCCAUAAUGCUGGGUAGCUAGGAUCCUUUAUCUAGUAUUUACAUUUUGUUUGUGAAAUACCUGAGUCAUCAGUCAUCUUAGUGGAAAUAUAUGGGGCGCUUCUUGUUUCUGCUUGUUACAGUGCAUCAGAUCUCUUUCCAUCUGUACCGGCCUUGUUUGGCCUUCACAGCUGGUUCCUCGGCAACAGCCAAUGGACUGUAACACUGCGCUAAAUUGUAAUGGGAAACAAUGCGGAAAACUUGUCACGGGUCAAAAGUGUUGUGAUGGGCUCAUCUUCUGAGACAGUCAUUCAAUAACCGUCAUGUCCCAUAAGAUCCGUGCAAGUUAUGUUGUAUGACAAAGAGUACAGGAACCAAUCAUGUACUUGGCUUGGUUCUUUAACUCUUAGAUUGUUCCAUUCAUUCAGGGAGAUUUGAAUGAAUCAUUAAUGUACAGUUAUAGUCCAUUCAUACUUUAUCAGACCAGAGACCUGUGUAACAGGCUUCAGUGCUCAUCUUCAGAGAAUGUCUGGCAGGGGGCAACUCCAAUCCCACCCCAUUUAUUGAUCAAGUACAAAUUAUAUUUGUUGAUCUAUACAUUUCCAUUGCUUUGCUAUGUUUGGAGUUUAAUAGCACUUAUUUAUUCAACCCGUUUUAAUAUAUGUGCAUUUACAUCUUACUAAAUAAUGGUAUUGCUAAUUGCUAGUGCCUAUUGCCAGAACGGCAUUACAACUAACAUUGAAAAGCUGGCCAUACAUUAAGAUCUGCUAAUUUGGCGAGGUUUCGAAACGAGCAAAUCAUUGCCCGCAAAAAGGAAAUCGUUUUUUAAAAUGUGAAUUAUUUGUUUAAAUUGGAGUCUAUGGGAGAUAAUUCAGAGCUUUCUGGAUAACAGGUUUUCAGAUAAUGGAUUCCAUACCUGUACUAAUAAUCUCAGAACUGGCUUUGAUUCUAGGAUGGGAUAUUGGUGGCUUCUCACUAUGGUGGAAGGAAUGAGGCUGUUAUGUUGGUAAGGACACUAGUGACUCCUACUGAAAGGACUGGUGGUGACAGCAGCUACUCUCCAACAUAAUACACUGUGUAGUGGAUAAGAGCAAAAUACCAGGUUAUAUAAGAUCCCUAGCACAGUUAUUCCAUCUCCACUGAGAAAGCAUUGAAACAGCAUUGUAAGUGCCAGCCGUUUCCUUCCAGAUUGUAGCGCCAAGGUCGGGCACGGGGCAAUGUACUCACAAAGUGACCUGGGUUGGGUUUAAACAUGAAUUAGUGUCUGUGCCCUAUAGGCUUAGCUUGUACUUAAAUGUAACAAAUCAUCUGCUAUUUAUGUUGACGAAUAAUUGCCAUUUUAUAUGCCAUUAUCCUAUAACAUAAAGGUUCCGUGCUUUGCAGUAAAUGCACCUAAUGUAUAAGUAAAUAUUGAAUCUGACAUUCUGUAAUGACCGCCCAGAGAAAUACCUGUAUGUAGCAAAGUGCCUCUCACUUCUUUUGCUGAUAUAAAUAGCUGGAAAUGUGCCUUAACUGGUUCAAUGCAGUUAGAAAUAAAGUAACUUAUCUGUACAGUUUCUGGACAUUUUUACAGUUUUGCUUUAAAGUCAUUUGUUCUAUUCACUUACAUGGAAUUUUUAUGUUAGGAAUUGUUUUUGCAAAGGUAUUUUAUUUAAUCAUUUAUCGCUUAUUGGAAAAAAAAGAUUUUAUAUAACCAAGUCCCAUAGCCACAAUGUGGUGUUCAAUAAACAACAGUUUUUCCACA